AUGGCUGACACUGUUUCGGCCGAAGGUCGCGGUCGUGGUGGAGCUGGUGGUUUUGGCCGUGGUGGACGUGGUGAUCGUCGUGGACGCCGUGGCGACCGUGGACGCGGUCGCGGCCGCAAGGACGGCGAAGAGAAGGCUUGGGUUCCCGUUACCAAGCUCGGUCGCCUUGUGAAGGAGGGCAAGAUCCGCUCUAUCGAGGAGAUCUACCUCUUCUCCCUUCCCAUCAAGGAGUACCAGAUCGUCGAUUUCUUCCUCCCCAAGCUCAAGGACGAGGUCAUGAAGAUUAUGCCCGUCCAGAAGCAAACCAGCGCUGGUCAGCGUACCCGUUUCAAGGCCUUUGUCGUCAUCGGCGACUUUGACGGCCAUGUCGGUCUCGGUGUCAAGUGCUCCAAGGAAGUCGCCACUGCCAUCCGUGGCGGCAUCAUCCUUGCCAAGCUCUCUAUCAUUCCCGUUCGUCGUGGAUACUGGGGUACCGUUCUCGGUGAGCCCCACACUGUCCCCGCCAAGGUCACUGGCAAGUGCGGUUCCGUCACUGCCCGUCUCGUCCCUGCCCCCCGUGGUACCGGCAUCGUCGCUGCUCCCGUUCCCAAGAAGCUCCUCCAGCUCGCCGGUAUCAUCGAUUGCUACACUACCUCCCGUGGUUCCACCAAGACCGCCGGUAACUUCCUGAAGGCCACCUUCAUGGCCAUCAGCAACACCUACGGCUACCUCACCCCCGAUCUCUGGGCCCCCACUGAAUUCACCAAGUCCCCCUACCAAGAAUACAGUGACUUCCUCGCCAAGACCACCAAGCUCAAGGGUUACUAA